CUAUCUUUCGCCAUGAUCAAAAGCAAUAUCAGUACGAUGAGAUACGCAUCAAGAUAACGGCUUGACCUAUUGCCAAAUCCUUCGCGUCAUCUGCCCAUCAUGUUCGUAUCUGAGGGAUAACAGAUUUAUCAAGCAUUACGACAUGUCCCAAUCAACAUCCAUCAGCCUUCUCAUCCCCUCUGAGGCAUCCCUGACUUCCGAAGAUCUCCAAUCUCAAAUUCAACGCGUUGUCGUGCAGAAAGGUCAUUUUCGUCAUGUGACUGAACGUUCCUUGUUAGCCGAAAUCCAGGGCAAAGCCCCUGCUGCGGACAGAGAUACCGACGGCGUAGAUGGGCCCGGAGCUGAAGAGGAUGAGUCUCCUCAGAAGCGUCAGGAACGUCUAUGGAAGCGCAGGGAGGAAAUGAUAGAGCGCUUAAGCUAUGCUCAAAAUGAAAUCCUAUGUGCAUUGGACUUUGUGUCAUUGCUCAUCUCUAAACAAUGGGUGCCAGCCCAAAACUCUAUGUCUCCGGCGUUGAAGGAGGCCGUCCCCGUAGGCACGCUGGCUGGACGCGUUUUAAGGAACAAGCCAGUUCCCCCGCCGGUGAGACGUCAGCUCGCUUCCACCUCACAGGGUUGGAGAUCGGAGGGUUUUCGGUCUGCAUCAGAGAAGCUAUUGUCGGCGUCAAAUCGACUGAGAGAAGAUGCGGAACGAGAAGCAGAAUAUUGGGCACAAAUUGCCAAGCUCACGACACAAGGGUGGGCAGUGUCAAGGCUCCCUCGUGAUCGUAAAGCAAUCGGAGUGCAUUUUGGGUUUCCUCAAUCCGCACCCCAAUUCCGGGACAAAGGCUUCGCUCUGCUCCGGCAACUUGAUGAUGGGAGGGUAACCUUGGACGGGCAAUCUGCACAGCGGAGGCGCAAAGCCUUGGGAGUCUUCGUUAUUCGGCACAACAGCAAGACCGGUUUCUUCCAUUUCAAGACGCACAAAAGUGGCCAAACGGAAGAAAUCAGCCAACAAACUACUGAAAUGCGUGACUCACUUUUCGAGGAAGAGCUGUUCUACGAAAUCUGUCGAGAAGCACGAAUAGUGGCAAAUCAAGGGAUCAAUACUCGUGCCCAGGCAGUGGAAAUCAAUGUUGGAAGUGACUGUCAGCUCUCUUUGGUGUACGACCACGGUCUGGAGACAGAAACAUCAACGAACCCAGACGACAAUCUGAUAGCCGAAUUCGUUGCCGUUUCCCUACGGCUAUUGUUGAACGCUGCUCACGAACAGAAUCUGAUCAGGAAGUCACAAAAAGCGCCUGCGAUGACGCUCAAACCUCGCCAUCAUCUCGAAUAUGCAUUGAUACGACCUGUCCUCGCUCAUCUCAGACACCGGGCUGAAGCUGCUGCUUUUUGGAAUUCCUGCCAAACAAUGAUUCACCCUUUCAAGCAAGCUGGCUUACCCGUUGCAAUUGAGAUUGAGAAAUCAAGCACCGCCUUCUUUCAAGGGUUAAAUAUCGACGCAUCUGGUACAAUUCUCUCUGAGCUGAUGGCUCCCGCUAAGACUGGCUUCAAAAUCAGCCUGACAGAAGGCAAGGAAUUUGAGAUUGUCCUGGCCACGUUUCUAGGACCACCUCUCUUCGGUUCACGUUACGAGACUUCUGCCGUCGAAUUUGCCUUCUCAAAGACACGCAUCUCCCGACAGGACACCAGAGAGGCUGCCUUACUAUCUACAAGACACGUGUUGAUGUUAGAUCUUGUCACGCAUGCCGAAGCUCUGUCAAGACAGGCUUCCAUUCCCUCGGAUGCUGAAAAGGGUAAUUCCAGGAAAUGGGUCGUGUCCCAGCCACACAAUGGAGAGCUAGGUCUCUUUGAUACAGGAGCACCGAUCAAAAAGGUGGUUCUAUCGGUGCAGGCCGAAGCGAUUGUGAUGCAAGUCAGGAAUUUGCGACAAGGGUCUUCCCCUAAGCGAGAAAUAUGGUCAUGGACAUCUGGGGGAUGCUCAACGACAGGAGGACUCGAGGGUACAGUCGAAGCUCGCACAACGUUCGAUGAAGCUCUCACCAAAAUCUUGAAAGAUGGUCUAUGAGAGAAGCCCAUACAGUAGUACUUGCAGAACCUUUCUGGAGUUAUGAAUCAAUUACUCCUCGUAACUGUGAAGGCUGGCACAAG